CCCUGCUGAGGUUCAACCAGGCCAUCCUUGUCUCCCGGCAUGAUCCAGCCUCACGCAAGAAGGUGGUGGAGGAAGUGAAGAAACGAGCAACAUCCCAGGGGAAAUGGCCACAGGUGCUUUUCUUUCCAGAGGGGACCUGCUCAAACAAAAAAGCCUUACUGAAGUUUAAACCAGGUGCCUUCAUAUCUGGUGUUCCCAUUCAGCCGGUCCUCAUUCGCUACCCCAACUCUCUGGAUUCAACAACCUGGGCAUGGAGAGGACCUGGAGUGUUAAAAGUCAUCUGGUUGACUGCGUCUCAGCCUUGCACAACUGUAGAAGUAGAGUUUCUCCCAGUUUAUCAGCCCAGCCCUGAAGAGGCUGUGAACCCCACACUAUAUGCUAACAAUGUCCAGAAAGUGAUGGCCAAAGCUCUGGGGAUCCCUGCCACAGACUGUGAAUUUGUGGGCAACCUCCCAGUCACCGUUGUAGGGCGCUUGAGAGUAGCCCUGGAGCCACGCAUCUGGGAAUUGGGGAAGGUUCUCCGGAAGGCCAGAUACCUAACAGAAGGACUCAAAUGCAACUUGAAUUCGCCUCCUGUUGGCACUUCAGGGCAGGUGGGACCAAGUGAGCUCGCCCACUGGCUGGGACUGGCGUGUCCUAAAGCUGUGGAAGAGAUCUGCAUCUAUUUCCAGCAGGAUGCUGAUGGAAACAUGGAUGCCCGGGAAGUGGCCCUAGCGCUGGAAGCUCUACAGGGAGAACAUGACCCACAGCAACUGACACGUCGUGCUUUUGAGCUAUUCUCAGAGGUGGAGGCCAGGACAGGAAACUCCUGCCUGCGACAAGACGGAUUCUGCGCCAUUUUGCGCCUCCUGCUGGGCACUCCAGGUGUGGAUGGAGCUGAACUCUUUAGCCGGCUCUGCACUGAGGACCACAGCCAGGACGGGCUUACCCUCGAUGAAUUCCAGGACUUCUCUCUCCGUCAUUCUGACUAUGCCCGUCUGUUCAGCACGUAUCUGCGUCCCCCCGCAACCUGCACUUUGCCCAAGCCUGCCCUUUCCUCCACUUACCCUAAUGGUGUCUCUGCCAUCUCUCCCAAAAGCAAAGGUGACUGAAUCCCUCCCCUACCUGUUAAGCCAUGUGUAUCCAAUGUCCGUGACAACAACCCACACAGACACACAGCCAUGCCACAUCCUUGGCCACAACAGAGCCCGUUCCCUUGCUUGCUCCCUGCUGCUGGGGUGGUCAGGCAGACUGGAGCCGAGACCCCCUCCCCAUCUCAGGGCAAACGAAAAUGGGGAAAUCACAGCCGCAAAUUCUUUGGGAUUGGGGCUUCUCUGUGUUUACUUUAGAGUUUGUUUGGGGGAGGGUGGGGCUAGGUUUUAAUUUUAUCCUUUAUUUUAUGUUGUUGAUUUUAGUUUCAUUUUUUUAUCAAGAGGAAGGAUGAACAGAAGAAUGAGAUAGUGUCGUUUUUGGGUUUCAUUUUCUGUUUUGUAAAAUAUAAGAAAGUGCUAUUUUAUAUAUAAGAU